CUGGGCCGCACGGCCGCGUCUUCCCCGCGUCCCGGUGAUCAUUACCCAUGCUAAUUUAUUCACACAUUGCCACACCCCUUCGCCACCGCAUUUACGGCAAGGAUGGGAUUUUGCGACAGCGGCGCGGUUUGCGGUGUCUGUUGCGGGCGACGGUAGCUCUCUGCUCUGAGGGGCUGGGGGUUUCCGGGGGUCUCUCUUCGCAGAGCGCCGCUGCCUGCGGUCAGUACAGGGGAGUGUGUUUAAAGGUGUGUGUCGGAGUGUUUAAAGGGGCUUUAGAGCGGGGAAGGUCACACUGCGGGGCGGAAAGUGGGGUGCGGGUCGGGCUAUGGAGCUCAGCAGCCUGGUGCGAGCCCUGAAGCUGGAGGGGCCGCGGGACGGGGAGCAGUCGCCCCCCGCUGUCCCGCCGGCCGGGCAAGUCCUCCUCCAGAUCGGGCUGCUCUUCUCUGAGGGGGCAGGCGGUGCCCCAAAGGCCGGCGUGGUGAGAGACCUGGGCGCGCUGGUGGAGGCUGCAGAGUGCCGGUGGCUUUUUGGAGGCCUGCGCCCUGCGACGCUGGGUGAGUUGGUGGCCGCGCUGAAUGGCUACGCAGCACCCCCAAAGCAGGAGCAAGAUGCUGCGGAUCUCCCCAGUAAGGACAGUGCAUACACGGCCACAGCUGAGAGAGCAGCAGAUGUUGGCUCAGUGUUUCUACACCUCCUUGCGAAGCUGGAAGCUGCCAAGACCCAGGAGUGUCUGGGUGUCCCCGUGGUGGGCCCGAUCCUGUGCCGUGUGAUGGGGCCCAUCUAUGUGUUUGCCGCAACACAUAUUGCAGCGAGGCCCUGGACAAAUACGAGGUCUCGGUCAGUGGCGCAGGAGCUGCUUGCAUUGCUGGUUCAGGCUGCAGGCUGUGGGUCGGUGGCUGAAUUCCUUCGGGGGAAGAACGAAGAUGAGGAAGGAAGAUUUGCAGCAGUGAUGGGGCUCCUGAAACAGGAGUUAACCAAAGACACUUGGAAGCGUAACCCGGCCACAAAGUUUGUGUUCUCCUGGACGCUGCCUCACGUCACCCGGCCCUGGCUUAGCCAUUACCUGGAGCGUGUCCUCCCGCCAUCGCUGCUCAUCUCAGAUGACUAUCGAGAGGAGAAUAAAGUCUUGGGCGUGCGCUGCCUGCAUCAUAUCGUUCUCAAUGUGCCAGCUGCUGAUCUGUGCCAGUUCAACAGGGCUCAGGUUGUGUACCAUGCCCUUUACAACCAUCUCUAUUCCCGUGAGGCCCCUCUCAUCCAGGCAGUACUGCUGUGCCUGCUGGACUUGCUGCCGAUCCUGGAGCGAGCACGGUGGCAGCAGCAGGAGCCCAGACCAACCGCCCCCUGCGAUGAGGUGCUGCAGCUGGUUCUGACCCACAUGGAGGCAGAGCAUCGCCUCGCGCUGCGGCGGGUGUAUGCCAGGACCCUUCCUGCCUUUGUGCAGAGACUCGGCAUCCUGAUAGCGCGGCACCUGAAGAGGCUGGAGCGAGUUAUCCUGGGCUAUCUGGAAGUCUGCGAUGGCCCUGAGGAAGAAGCCCGCCUGGGAAUACUGGAGACGCUGCAGUGCACCAUAGAGCACGCUUGGCCCAGAAUGCCAUGCAGACUCCCUGUGCUCCUCAGAGCCCUGCUGAAGAUGAUCUGGGACGUACACACUGACCAAGGUUCAACACCAGAGCCGGUAAAAACCGCCUUGCUCCAAGGGGCCACCGAGUGCCUCAUCCUGCUGGAUCGCUGCUCUGAAGGGCAAGUGAAGGUCCUGCUGGAAGGCGUGUACAGCAGCUGUGAGGAGAACCGCGUACGGGAAUGCAUCAGAAAAGUGCGAGAGAACACGUGAGGUGUGGCUGAGCAAUGCUCACCCUGCUUUUUGUACAGUAAAAUUUUUUUAUUUAUUUAAAGUUACUGUCUUUCUCAUCCCACCCGUUAGCCCCAAACAGGAUAUGCUUGUGUGCUCGCCUAGCCGCAUGCAGGCUCCUCCAGCUUCAGAACAAAGCAGCAGUGCCCCCCAGUCUAGGUUCUUUCCUGGAGCACAGGCCGGGCUGAGCCUUCUGUGGUUGUAGACAAGGCGUGGAGUCUUCCUCCUUCAAACUGCGCUUCAUGCAGGAGUUGUACAAACUUGCUGCAAUUGCCUGGGGUUGGGACAGAAACCCUUCUUUUCUUAAAGAAAAUUGUUAAAUGGAAUAUUGAAAAAGGAGUAAUUGUUGAGGGUCCUGCACAGAGUGGCGCAAGCUGGAAGGACUUCUAGUGACAGAUCUGGAGUCAUUCAGUACAAAAUGUGGGUUCAGGAAGGAGUCAGGUUGCUUUUGUUUUGGUGGUUGGUUCUGUUUCUUCUUCAUACUCUAUUUCAAUGUAGGGACGUUUUCUUCUGGCUGGUCCUUUCAGGGGAGCUUUCCCUUUAGACCUGGAGUGAGACGCUUUCUUCUCUACCUCCUCCUCCUCCUCUUCCUGCUCCUCUUCACUACUUGUCUCCAACUUAUCCAUGUCCUGAGAAAGAGAAAGAGUGACGUCAAAGCAUGCUGUGUAACUAAACCUCCUCUUUCUGCAAAAUUCUCUCAUGUAUCCGAUUCUGUUUCAUAAUUCCUGGCUCCCAGCUGUCUGGCCAGAGGAGUUAGACUACGCUGUAUCCACUACAGCCCGACUGUAUCGUUAUGUUCUGCAAAUCCAAUUUUUAUGGCUCUUACCCCAUCACCAGAGACACCAGGAGGACAGAGGUUACUUUCAAACAGCUUUGCCUGGCAGUUUAAAACUACCUGGUGCUUCACCUACCUCAAAGUCGCUGAGGUCACUGUCGUCUGCUUCCACAAACUCUCUUUUAUCCAUGUCCUGUAAGAAAUAAAAGUCAGAAGCUAG